UCGACGUCCAGGAGUUGAAUCGUAAGGAAGCUCAAGAAAGAGAGAAAAUGUUUAGUUCAAUUCGUCUCUAUUGGCUGAAAGGUGCACAAAUGGUACUCGGAUUUGUGGUCAUCGGACUGGAACAUCCCAGACUUAACUAUGAUAAUCAAUACAAUACGGCAGAUGCAAUUCUGCUUACCAUUACACUUAGUGCCACCCUAGUGACCACGGUGAUAUUGAUGGAUGCUUUUAAACACACGAUUAGGAAGGUCUUUGGAGAAACUUCGUGGUUCCAGUUGGAGCUUCGGUUUACCGGAUUGGUGUUUCUAGCGUUAGCCUAUUCAUCUUGGAUUGUUUUUCUGAGAGCAAUCGGCGAGCAUCGGAACCCAGCACCAAGAAUUACUGUUAGCGUACUCGGUUCCGUGCUCAGUGUUCUGUAUCUGAUCAAUUGGUGGCAACUUUUCCGGGAACGUCACAUCGCGAGGGAUGAAUUAGAACCGGAUCUGAUGACAGUGAAGGUAGGAAACGAUUCGGGAUGCCAGUUAGCAGCGAAUUUGGCUACCCGUCCACUGAUCGCUGACGAGUUUUCUUCGACUGGGAGAAAAUCAGGCGAAAUUCCAAGCACGCAUGGAAAGAAUUGAAUUGUUUCGAGAAUAAUCAAAAAUACAUUGCAAUGUAAUAAAAAAGAUCAUAUUCAGCAUUCGUAA